UGUGGACAGUUGAGGACAACUCAGUAGUUUAAAAUAUAUCGAAAUUCACCUCUUUGUCAAAUUCAUAUACUUUUACCAUUACCCACUAUAUUCAAAUACUUGAAUUAGAUGUGAUUCUCAAGAACAUAUCUAUCUCCUACCGUGUUUACCACUCUCCAGAUCACAAUGUUGAUUAAAAGGUGAUUUUAAUAUAAUACGAUUAGGAUGAACCUUUUUUAACACUAUUGGCAAAUUUCAUUUUGAUUCCCUUAGUUUAUUUAACUGAUAAUCUCAACUCAAGAUAAAUGCUUUAUCUAGAAGGAUAUUGAUAAUCUGAUUUAGUAUUUCUCCAAAGAAAUAUAAACUUAAGACAAAGAGGUUAUUCCAAGACAUCUAAUGUUUGAUGAUGACAUAAAUCCAUUAUAAAAAGCAUGCUGAAACUUCUGCUUUUGUUGUGAAUCUUUCCUAUUAACACACACUUAGAGAGAGAGAGAGAGACAGAGAGAGAUGGGGCAAGAAGGUCAAAUGUUUGAGAAGGUAAAGCCAUAUUUGGGAGCAAUUGCACUAAGAUUCGCCUCUGCAGGAAUGUCUAUUAUCUCUAAGGCUGCUCUAAACCAAGGAAUGAAUCAACUUGUUACCAUUGUUUAUCGUUACACUAUUGGUGCCAUUGUUGUUGCUCCUUUUGCCUUUGUCUUGGACAGGAAAAUAAGACCAAAGAUGACUCUUAGGAUCUUCGGCAAGAUCCUUCUACUGGGAUUGCUCGAGCCUGUAAUAGCUCAGAGCUUGAUUUACUCUGGUACUAAAUACACCACUGCAACUUUUGCAACUGCUAUGUGCAAUAUUCUUCCUGCCUUUGCGUUUCUAAUGGCUUGGAUUUGCAGAAUGGAGAAGGUGAAUAUUAGAAGAUUACGAAGCCAGGCGAAGAUUUUAGGCACUUUAGUGACAGUAGGAGGAGCAAUGAUGAUGACUCUUAUAAAAGGACCCAUGUUGAAUUUGCCUUGGACAAAAGAGAACCACAUCCCUCACUCUUAUUCCACCCUUGCAAACAAGCAAGAACCUGUUAAGGCUGCCAUUGUUAUUACCAUUUCAAGUAUCUGUUCCUCAGCCUUCACCAUUCUUCUGGCGCAUACAAUAAGAUCAUACCCCGCUGAGCUUACACUAACAACUUUCAUAUGCUUGGCUGGAGCUGUGGAAAGUACUAUUUUAGCUUUAGCAUUUGAAUGGAACAAUCCAGCUGCAUGGGCCUUACAUGCAGAUUCCAUACUCUUAGCUGCCCUCUAUGGUGGAAUAAUAUCUUCUGGAAUUGCUUAUUAUAUCCAAGGAGUGGUAGUGAAGCUAAAAGGACCUGUGUUUGUAACUGCAUUCAAUCCUCUCAGCAUGGUCGUAGUUGCUGUGAUAAGUUCAUUCAUAUUUUCCGAGAGACUGCGCUUAGGAAGGGUUAUUGGAGCAGCUGUGAUAAUUACAGGCCUUUACUUGGUUCUGUGGGGCAAGAGCAAAGAUCAGCUUCCAUUAAAAGUGGGGAAUGACGAAUUACCAACUUCACACCAAAACUCAGCCACCACAAACCAGCAGCAGCCAAAGCCCUCAGAUCAGCAGCUUCUAAAACCGGAUGCCCCAACAGCAGCAAGCAACUCCAGUGCUUGAAUUAUUGGAACUCAGCCCUCCAAAGGAGAAACAAUUGAUAUUAUUGGAACUUCCAAGGCAUGGUUCCAUGAAGCCCAAUUGAUUCUUUCUUUUUCAAGUGUUUUAUUAGAGAUUGAAUUAAACUUUUCAUUUAUUAAUCCCAUUAAUGGCCUAUCCAGUGCACUUGAUCCCAAGUUUGCAACACUUUUUAAGAAUGAAAAUGGAUAAGAAAUUGCAGUGGCUGGCUGGCUGGCUGGCUGUGUUCUAAAUCCUAGUCACCUCAUAUUCCCUACCCUCUUUCUUUAUUGAAAUAUGAUGUGGAUGCAAUUUCACAAUG